AUGACUACACCAAUCUCGAGCCUGGAACGCCAACUCCGCCAGGCUCUUUGCGAGCAUCCGCGGCUGCAUGCCUACCGCUACACUGAGCAGGCCAGACGCACUUUGCUGGAGGGUCUUUUCCGAUCACUCACAAACGAUCGAUUAGACUAUUUCCAAGACCUCUUCCCAAAUGGAUUCUCCGAGUCCUGCAGAUUACAAGACGCUCAAGGAGUACAAGAGAACGCUGAGUACACCGCCGCAGCCAAGGGGCAUCCGUGUGGGCACAUUUUCAAAGCAGGAGAAGCGAGCUACCACUGUAGCACAUGCACCGAUGACACAACCGCUGUUCUCUGCUCUCGAUGCUUUGUCUCGAGCGAUCAUGAAGGACAUCAAUAUACUAUCGGUCUCAGCGCCGGAAACAGUGGGUGUUGCGAUUGCGGCGAUGACGAAGCAUGGAAGCGACCGGUAAAAUGUGCCAUCCAUACAUCCAGUGAUGACUGGACUUCAACAGACGAGAAUGUUUCUCCUCUGCCGCCUGAUCUACAAGAAUCCAUCCAUACCACCGUCGGCACGGUCUUGGACUACUUUUGCGAUGUGAUCUCCUGCUCUCCAGAAAACCUACGCAUGCCGAAGACAGUGGAGUCGGUGACCCAGGACGAAGUGAGAAGCCGGCUUACCGCCGAGCAUUACGUUUCUGGAGACGAGAUUGAAACGAACCCCGAAUUCUGCCUCAUUAUCUGGAAUGAUGAGAAACAUACCGUUCGCGAGGUACAGUCACAAGUUGCUCGAGCGUGUCGUGCUCGCGAAUCAUUCGGACUGGCCAAAGCCGAGGAAGCAAACGAUGUGGGCAGGACUGUUGUGAGGCACUCGCGCGAUUUGAAAGAACUCACCAAGAUGGCCAAGAUCAUUGAAGAGAUCAAAGUCACCGUCACCAUCAGAUCAUCAAGAGACACAUUCCGAGAACAAAUGUGUGGUACCAUCAUUGAGUGGCUAGCCGAUAUCGCCGGAUGUAGCAUCGCCGGAGACAGCCAUAUCCUUCGCCGCACAAUCUGUGAAGAGAUGCUGCGGAUGUGGCGUAUAGGCAGCGAGGCAUGGAAUGCCAAGGUUGGAAGAGAUGACCUUGACGACCACGGUCAGGAGGAUGAUCGCUAUUUUCGUCGGAGAGCAAGGCUGAGGUUCUUUGAUCCUAUCCAGUUUGCCAUGCAAAGAGCAAUGGCUGCGGAGGCCCUGGAAGAGGAAGUCAUCAGCGAUGAUGGCGAUGGCGAUGGUGAUGACGAUGACGAUGAUGACGACCCUGGUGACGAAGAGGCUGAUCGAGAAAUGAACGACUUCAUCCUCAGAGCGACGGUUUUCGAUGAGGAAGACCACGACCCGGACCACGCACCCAUUGAACAUUCUGGUGAUCCAGAAGCGACUGAUGAUGCGGAAGACAUGGACACAGACGCAGACGGUGACGGUGACGGGGACAGCAAUUCCCUCGGCGUUGUCGAUAGAAUGGAUACGGAUGCUACCUCACCUCAACCGCAGGAGGUUCCGCCCACACACGGUAGGAGACAACCCGGUGACGGGCCCAGCGAAACACGACGAGAUUCUCCAGUGGAUCCUGAUCGAAAUGCCAAUUAUCUGAAUGUCCCAAGGACACCUGCGGCCUCUGCUGCCCGUACAGAACACCUACAACCAACCCCGCCGAACCACUGGAAGUUCUUGCCGCCAGGCCAACCUCCGCAAAGUCACAGUAUCCCUGUCUACGAAGAUUUGACCAAGAAUAUCCGGGUUGAUUCUAUGAUCUUGUUUGACCUUCGGUUGUGGAAAGUUGCCCGUACCAAUGUACGAGAUCUGUUCAUCAGCACACUCGUCAACAUCCCUCAGUUCAAGCGUAUCCUCGGUUUACGUUUUUCCGGUCUAUACACCACACUCGCCCAACUAUAUCUCGUGGCUGACAGGGAACCGGACCAUUCCAUCAUCAAUCUGUCGCUGCAACUACUCACCACCCCCUCUAUCACGGAAGAAGUGAUCGAACGAGGCAACUUUCUCACAAACCUGAUGGCAAUCCUGUACACUUUCUUAACCACUAGGCAAGUCGGCUUUCCAAAAGACCUUGAUCCAGGGGCGACCCUUGGUUUCGACGCUGGCUCAGUUGCCAAUCGUCGGCUCUACCACUUUUUCUCGGAUCUUAGAUAUUUUCUUGCCUCUCCUUUCGUGCAGGCCAAGGCCCGCAGUGAGCCACAGUACCUGUUCCAGUUUCUUGAUCUGGCCAAGCUCUCGCAGGGCAUCUGCCCGAACGUGAGGGCUGUCGGUGAGCAUGUCGAAUACGAAACAGACGCGUGGAUAAGCGCCUCCUUAUUGACGCGUGACAUCAAUAAAUUGUGCAAACAAUUCGCAGAAGCCUAUUAUGUUUCGAAGGAUAGCAGUCCGGCUGCGUUCCGAGCGACAUGCGAGGCCAUUUCACAUGCAGCAGGCAUCGCAAUUAUCAAUUCGGCUGGUUUAGAACGACGACGGUUCGAUCAAGCUGAGAACAAAGAGCUGGUCCGAUUUCACACCAUUGGACCUUUCGGAGAAAUGCCAGCUAGCGACACCUACCAAGUGGUUGACUUCGUUGUGGAAAGGGGAGCAUUGAGUUUCCACCACCCCCUUCAUUACACUCUAUCUUGGCUACUGGAAGGAGGAAAGGAAACGAAGCAUUCAAUAACAGCUCUCCGAGAUGCUGCCCACACGUUUCUUUCGCAUCUACACGACCUGCCUCUUGGCCCUCGAGAUAGCACGAUCAAGUCGACGCUCACCACGGUUGACGACGCUCUGCUAGCGAUGUUUGACUUCCCCCUGCGUGUGUGCGCUUGGUUGGCGCAGAUGAGGGCAAAUCUGUGGGUCCGCAACGGCAUGAGUCUGCGGCAUCAAAUGCUGCAGUACAAGGGCGUGGCUCACCGUGAUGUUGGCCAUCACCGAGAUUUGUUCCUUCUCCAGGCCGCGCUCGUGACCUGCGACCCGAGUCGAGUACUUGCAUCCAUGAUUGACCGGUUUGGUCUGGCUGAGUGGGGCUGGAACGGGUUUGCCUCUUUGGAGAUCUGCGACGACAAUCAGAUGCUGGAUCUUGCCGAAGACUUCCUGUAUCUUCUGAUCAAUCUGCUCUCGGAUCGUGACGCGCUCAUCUCAGACCGUGAUGAUCCAGAAUCACAGCUUCUGGCAGUACGGAAAGAUAUUGCACAUACGCUGUGUUUCAAGCCGUUGUCUUACUCGGAUCUGUGUGCUCGCCUGACCGAGCGGACACAGGACCAUGAGCAGCUGCAGGAGGUGCUUGAGCAGAUGACCAAAUAUCGUCCACCGGAGGGUCUGCAUGAUUCUGGCUUGUUUGAGCUCAAGGAAGAAUACCUCCAGGAAUUGGACCCAUAUAAUUCUCACUUUACCAAAAACCAACGAGAUGAGGCCGAAAACAUCUACAAAGAAUGGAUGGCAAAGAAGCUAAAGAAGUCGCCUGAGGACAUUGUUCUCGAACCCAAACUACACUCCAUUCGAUGCGAGGCCUACAGCAAUCUCUGCGCAGUCGUGCACACCUCUCUCUUCGCCGAUGUUAUCCAUAAAACUUUGCUCUAUGUUGCGCAUGGCUACAGGCUCAAGACGGGUGUGUCUGCAACCCGGGCGGAGGCAUUCUUCCAGAUGGCGCUCCAGCUCAUGCUCAUUGCCACUUUGGAGGACAAUUCAGCUGAGCAGGACUUUGAUUCGCCGUCCUUUGUACACAAUGCUGUAGUGCGCCAGUUCCGUUCUCCCAACGAUUCAGAUCGGACAAUUGUUCGCCUACUUCACAAAAUCUGGCAGAUGGAAGAAUUCAAUGCUUGCAGAAGCAAGAUCAGACAUGUUUUGAAGCUGUUUAAUCAGAAGCGACCGCACGAGUUCGCCGGCGCCACCCAGCACCUUGAUUUCCCUUACGGCAGAUUCGAUACUGCAUCGCCAGCCAAUGUUGAAAGCGAGAUUGAAGCCAAAAAGAAACAAGCCAUGGAACGAAAAGCACGAGUUAUGGCCCAAUUUCAACAGCAGCAGCAAAGCUUCAUGGACAAACAGGGAGUGAUUGACUGGGGAGAUGACGAUCUGGAUUCGCCGGAGGAAGAACUACCUAAGAGCACGGAAACUCGUCACUGGAAAUAUCCCUCUGGACUGUGCAUACAAUGCCGGGAAGAUACUUCAGACUCGCGUUUGUAUGGCACCUUUGCCAUGGUCACCGAUGGUCAUGUCUUGCGCGAAACGGACGUCGCAGAUGAGGAUUUCGUUGGCGAGCUAUUUGCCGUCCCCGAGAACCUGGAUCGCUCGGCCGAGUCUAUACGUCCCUUCGGUGUCGCCGGUUCCAAUCAUGCACAGGUGAAGCGUCUGACGGCUGAGGGUCAUGAAGUUACUGUCGACUAUCAGGGCCUGGGUAAGGGCUGGCCGAGAGAUUGCACCAUGAAAGGUCCCGUGUCGACAAGUUGCGGCCACAUCAUGCACUUCACCUGCUUCGAGAACUAUUUCCAAUCGAUUACCAGGAGGCACGCCCAACAGGUCGCCAGAAACCAUCCUGAACGAAUACCACUAAAGGAAUUCGUGUGCCCGCUGUGCAAGGCUCUAGCGAAUACCUUCCUACCUAUCAUCUGGAAACACUCAAAGCAGUCAUACCCCGGCUCAUUACAUGUAUCGCAGGACUUUGAGUUCUUUCUAGACAAGGACCUAUCGUCUGUGAAUGGUUUCUCGGGUCCAGCCGAGGAUGACACUUUUAAUGCAUUAGCCUCGCAAACAUACACCGACACACUGUCCACAUUCUCGAAUCCGUCUCUCACACCGGCCAUUGCCCGAUGGCAGGCAGGCGAAUUCGCCAUCAGCCCUACAAGCCAGGCAUGGGCCGAGAGACCUGAACUAGCCUCGUUUGCUGAGCUCGCCAGCAUCUAUGGGCGCCUCCGAGAAUCGCUAGCAAUUGUCUCUUGGAUGAUCCAGCCGACGCCUACUGGGCGUGAUGCCCCUGUGAACCACGUCGAGCUUCUCGUCGAGACCUUGGCAAAUACUAUUGCGGCGGUAGAGAUUGGACAUCGGGGCCGUGAGGCAGAAUUUGGUACUUCAGUGCUGACGAGCGUGCCUCAGCCGACACUCAGUCACCUCCAAACUCUGUCUUCGACCAUGCGAGCAUAUACAGCAACUGGUGCAUUGACGGUACGAGGUUUAGUCGAGACUCAACACAAGGAGCUUUGCGAUCGCAUUGAAUCCCAACUAGCGGGGACGUUGGCACAACAGGGACUCCGAAAGCACAAUGGGUUGCCAGUCUUGCCGCUACUACAGAUGGACAGCUUUCAGGUGCUUGUUCAGGCCACCAUGGUGUUGUGUCCGAUCAGAAGACUGGAACUGCGCCAUGUGCUGCAAUUAUUGCUGACGACGGAGCUGCUACGAGUAGCACUGACAUUCAUGCUCGGGCCUAAGGCAUUUUUCAAAGCAACCGAGAAUCUGUCGCAGAAUCAGAUCCGACACGCGAUGCCGUUGAACACCGACGCGGAGGAACUUCGCAGUGUGCACAGUGUUGUCGCAUGGAUAAGCCAUACCAUCCAUCAAGGUGGUUCGGAGACCGGUUCGAUGAAUGAUCAGCUGCGCGAAACGAUGCAGCGCAUGUCGAUGAAUGAAGCCGGCGCACUGUUCCGACUGUGUAAGGUGUAUGCGCUUGCGUUCCUCCGAAAGUCGGCCAUCUUCUUCCAUGUUGCACAUGGCAUCGACUUCCCUACCACGGUUGGGUCGGAAGCUAGUCUCCCCGAACUUGAUCGCCUUUUGCAUUUCUUCCAAUUACCCAAGAUCAGUGAUCUUUUGAUGUCGUUCGACGAAUUUUCCGGUUCCAUGUCCUUGAAGAAUCGAGCAGCUUCCUGGAUCUCGGAUUGUAUGAGACAAGAAUCGAGCAAAUCCUCAUCGACGCCGGUGGACGGCUUGCGUGUGACACCCUUAGGCAUCCGACUUCUUCAUCCGGCUCCCCUUGAGUUGAUCGGCCUUCCCAAAUAUUUCGACGUUCUCAUGGAAGAAUCGCAUCGACGGCGGUGUCCCACCACGGGCAAGGAGGUAUCAGAACCUGCGUUGUGUCUCUUCUGCGGCGAAAUAUUCUGCUCGCAGACGGUUUGCUGCCUCAGCAAAGACAUGCGUGGCGGCUGCAAUGCUCACGUGGACAAAUGCUCGAGUCCGAUCGGCAUGUUCUUGUUUAUCCGCAAGUGCCACGUUGCUCUUUUGCACGUUGUGAAGGACCCGCGGAUGCUCGAUCGCCAUCGCGAGAGAGUUGGCCGCAGCUCUCAAGCGCUGCCUUUUGGGUCUCUGACAUUGAGUCACGGUUCCUUCUUCCCGGCGCCAUACUUGACCAAGCAUGGAGAAACAGAUUCUGGGCUUCGGUCGAAGCAUCAGUUGAUCCUCAAUCAGAAGAGAUAUGACAAGCUGUUGAGGGACACUUGGUUGAUGACGAAUGGCAGUGUUUGGAGCACCAUAGCUAGAAAGCUUGAGAGCGAAGUCAAUGCUGGGGGAUGGGAGACGCUGUGA